CCCGUCUCAUUUGCAAGUGGUCCGCUGGGCGGCUUCACAGUCCGCGUGGAACUAGACGAAAUACAGAAGGCAGAUCUUGGUCGCAAAUGUGCGCGCAAAGACAAGCGGCCACUCGAUCCCCCUCCUGUUGUGCUCUGCAGUUUCAUCAACCUCAACACCCGCAGCACUAGUGCUGCUCGUCUUCGCGAACAGACUCUUGAUGUUGAGACGGCUAGCGUGGGCAGCGUUUGUCAUGUAGAUCUUUUCCCAGUCCCCGCCAAUUAUGAACACUAUUUCCCCCCAGCAAAUUCGGACCUACAAGCUCUCCCCCCCAUAUUUUUUCAACAUCGUCCCGAUGGCAUGCAUUUGUCUGCAAAUCCUGGUUCGUGCAACCUUUUUCCACUUUCAUUUGUCAUGCAGGGGCUUUUGCCGCCAGCAUCGCGUUUUGGCGCGAGGGUCACUGGUAUCACUUCACGACACUCAUCACUCUUAGCUCCAUCCUACUCCUCUACAUCUGCUGAACACCUUAUCAAUACACCGACGUCCUCCUACCCCGCUCCCCUGUCCGCUGUUCGAGAAGGCGCUAUACUCCAGGGUGUCGGGGUCGGAGUACACGACGGUGAUGCGGGGCAGACGCAAGCUGUCGAGUCUGACGACUCAAAAAUUGUCGCAUGGUUCAGGUCUUUUCCCAUUUACGAGGGUUCUAAAUCCAGCGCCCAACUCGCAGGCUCGACGUUCGUACAGGCGGAGCUCGUGCACUACAACGGCAAGAAGCAGGUCAUGUUCGUCUUCGCUGAUCUCUCCGUCAAGGUCGAAGGCACCUUCAUACUGCGCUACCGCACGAUGAACCUUGCCUCUCCCGCCGCGGCCGCGCAACCAUUCAGCAUUCUCGCCGAAUGCUACGGAGGGCCGUUCAGGGUUUACUCUACCAAGGACUUUCCCGGGCUGCCUGCAUCUACGGCGCUCACCAAGCUCCUCUCGUUCCACAGCAUCCACGUGGAGAUGCACGAGAAAGACCGCAAGCGCCGCACAAAGUCCCAGAUAGACGCAGCUGUGCGGGAGCGGGGCGGCCCGCUCGCUCGCCGUGGCGCUCCGCGGACUGCAUCGACCGCCGGCCCGUCGUCCUCCCUCCCCACGGCGUUGUACUCGUCCGUCGUGUCACCCGCCGCGCCCGCCGAGUCGGCCGCCGCCCACUCGUACUACCCGCCGCCAGGGGGGGGCGCCGCAUGGGUUCCCGCGUGGGUACGCCCACAGCCUGCGCCCCGGGAUGGACAGGGACGAGAACAGCGAGGAGUACUACUGAACGUCCGCACUACAGCGACGCUACAGGCCUUUUCACCAUCUGCUCAUUAUUUGAGGCUCUGCCAACGUUUUCUCUCGGCCUGCAACGCGGGCUGUCGCUCCCAUCAUUGCCUCGUUGAUGUUCGGUAA